GGUAGGUCACCGCGCGUCGCUCCCUCGCACGCCGCAUUUCGUACGAAACUUCAAAUUCAACCGCUCGGUUUCUAAGACACUCUAGUGGUGCAGUUCUCAGUGAGCUGUGACUGCAUUCGUUUUGUGCGUUAGCUCUGGAUAUUCGUGCCAACUUUAAUAGGUGGUGUUCGUUGCGAAUGUUGACGCAGUUGACAGAUGAGAGCGAUACCACGAUGCAGCGUACUAAAUCGGAACCCUAACCACGCUCGAAAAACUCUAACAAAAUGCACGUUUCAAGUUGACAAUCCCAAUCCCAGAAGCAAACCAAAGUCUGAAAGAACUACACAAGCAGUUCAGCAUCUAUGAUCUAAAUGCCUUAUUCACGAGAACCGUGCGCUGCCGUAGGCGCCGACUAUGUUCGACUCGACCAAAGGCGCACUGCUCAUAGCGCCGUCCCUCUCUAACAGUUCCUGCUGGAUCAACGGUAAAGGCUGGCCAUCCACUUUCCCGGCACCAGCUGAUAUAUUAAAAGCCUUCUUCAUAUUUGCACUGUCUAUGGCGAUUGUCUUCGGGAAUCUAGUCCUCAUUUGUGUCUUGAACAACAGGAGGUACAUCAAGUAUAUCGACAAUCAGCCGAGAUACCUGCUUACGUCGUUGGCUCUCAACGACUUAUUCACUGGAAUCUUGAUAGCUCCAGUGGCGCUUCUGCCCGCUCUCUACAAGUGUUGGCCCUACGGCGAGAUAUUCUGUCAGAUACAGGCACUUUUACGUGGGGCCGUGAGUCAACAAAGUGCUGUGAUACUCGUGUGUAUGGCGAUAGACAGAUACCUUUAUCUAUUGCACCCGAAUACUUAUCACAAGCAUUCCAGUAAAAAGGGUUGUGUAUUAGUGAUAAGUAUAACUUGGAUACUGUCAGUGUCACUGUUUGCUAUAAUGGUCCUUCCACGGUCUGGAUACUACUUCAACUCGACUGGCUUGAUGGCCUGCGAUGUCUUCCACAGCAGAGUUGCUUUCAGAAUCCUCUCCUGCUGCGCUUACUACUUCCCAACGACCAUGGCACUGAUGUACUGCUACGGGUCAGGGUUCCACGUCAGCAAGAUCAGGAGUAAAUGUGACCCGGAGCCUGCGAGGCCCAAUGGGGUCCCUGUGGCCUGCGCUAAGACUUCGCAUGGAGAACAUGAUAUAGUGCAAAUCCAGGCUCCUGUCAGACCUCACAGCGUGAGCACAUCUCGAACCAUGGCAGCCAUGUCACUAGGAUUCAUCGUAAUGGUAACACCAGCUACAAUACAAGAGGUUGUAGCAGCGUGUACGGGAUGUAAGGUGCCGCCUUCCCUGGAUUUUAUCGUGACGUGGUUAGCGCUAAGCAACAGUUUCUGGAAUCCUUUUCUGUAUUGGCUUCUGAAUAGCCACUUUCGAAGAAUCAGCAAUGAAUUAAUACAAUAUUAUGUAUGCUGUCGGCGCACAAAACCAUUUCCUAGCUACGAAAAACCUACAGGGUGCUGUGGAUCUCCCGUCACGUCUGACGGCUUGCACUCGAAAGGAGAAUUUGAAGGACUCGGAGAAAAGUACUGGGGUGAAAUACUUGAACGCACAGUCUCCUCUACGUCUUUACACGCCAUACAGAAAGCAUGUCACAGAGAUCCUCUUCGUUGCACAGGGUCUUUCAAAGGAUGCCCCAGCAGUUCAUGUAAACAUGAUCCUAGAUUUUUCGACGGCUACGGACCCACUGACUAUCACCUAGACCGAUCCGCCUUCCAAAUAGAAUCGUGUUCAAGGCAGUGUAGACUCAAAAACUCUGACUUUUGCCUCUUCAGACCCACACCAGGACUUGAAUGCGGUCGAUCCCGUUCCAAUUUGAGCCUAGACGAGGGCAAUUUCAACAAGACUUGUAACGGUAGACAUCCGGAAUUGUGAGAAUUCCGCAACUGUCCGGUUUUCGGGCACAGAAGUAAUAGCAUAGGCAUAUAUCCAGGUGUAGAACAUUUUAACACAAACAUCAAGUGGAAAUUUGAUGAUUCCCCGGGCAUGGACGAUGAUAUACAAACUUUGGAACACAAUUUGGAUAGAAUAAGAAGUCUCAGUCACGAGAGGAACUUUAACGCGUACGGUGUAAAUUAUAAUGACAAUUUAUUAGAGGUUGAAGUGAAUGAAGUAGUUGACGAUGAUGCGUAUAAUACCAAAGACUUUACCGCGAGUGCUCGUGAAAGUUGUGAAGAAAAAAGUGAAUAUAGUGCUACUCAUAAGUUUUCCCGUACCUCUUCCCUGUCUAACCGAGAACUUGAUGUGAUUAAAGAGAGCUCAAUAAGUUCGAGUGAUACAGAAGUGACUUUGACGCGAUGACUUCCGAGGGUGACUUUUGAUAAAGCAGUGAAUGUCGUUCAUUUGGAACUGUCCCCGGAACGCACACAUCAUUGUAGACAAAAGUGUACUUUGACGGAUAAGAGAAAUCCUUAGUUGAUUGAUGGAUAGAGAAAUAGUUUUAAGUAUAUGUGGACCAGUAGAUUCAGGUCUAAUUUUUGUAAUCUAAAUAUUUUAGUUUCAAUAAAGCAAUAUAGAAACUUUGG